AUGACAGCACCACGGAAAGUAUGCCAGAUCUUCACGCCUAUUGGCAUGAUAGGAUACGGCUUCAGUGUCGAAGAAAUGCACGAGACUUUGUCGGCACUCACUGCAGGCUCUGACGUUCCAACUGCCAUAAUAUGUGACUCCGGUUCGACGGACAGCGGACCUCGAAAGUUGGCAACCGGUGAUAUGACCUGCCCACAAGCCGCAUACAAGAGAGACCUUGGACGACUGCUCGAAGGGGUCAAGAAAUAUAAGACUCCCCUCUUGAUAGGGUCUGCAGGUGGCGCGGGCAUUGAUGAGCAUGUGGAAGAGCUGACAGGUAUCCUUGACGAGCUGAGCUGGGAAAAUGCGUACGACCUGAAAGUAGUCCAGAUUUUUGCUGGCAUCGACAAGAGAUUGAUCGCCGAGCGCCUUACUGCAGGAGCCAUCAGUCCAUGCGGCACGGGCGUCCCACAGCUCGAGCAGCGAGACAUAGAUGGCUGUCCCACCAUUGUCGCUCAAAUGGGACAUGAGCCGUAUCUUGCCGCAAUCGAUCAACAUCCAGACUACGAUGUAAUCCUCGCCGGCAGGGCGUACGACCCGUCGCCCUACGUAGCUUUUGCCAAUGAAUGUAUUCGAAAACUACAACCGGACUACGAACGACUCGGUCAAGAACAUGUGGCUCGAGUCCAAGGAGCUAUGAUGCAUGCGGGAAAGAUCUUGGAGUGUGGCGGACUUUGUGCAGUACCCAAGAGCAUUGGAGCUGUCGCCACCAUUUUCGAAGAUGGUAGCUUCGACGUCCGUCCUACAAGUCCGACUGCACGAUGCACAGCACUGUCAGUAGCAGCACACAGCCUCUACGAGAAGAGCCGUCCGGAUCUGCUCUUCGGCCCUGGCAGGUACCUGGAUGUCACUCAGACAACUUUCGUUGACAACAGCGAUGGUGUGAGUGUGCACGUGUCAGGCAGCGUGUUCCGAACCUCUGCCGGGGGUGGCAAGCCAUACCAAGUCAAAUUGGAGGGUGCUCGUAACAAAGGCUAUCGCGCCAUCUACACCGGCUUCAUUCGAGAUCACUUGGUAAAGUCACAGAUGAAGGCGAGCCUGGCUGAGGGUACUUGGGAUCUGGAUUGGCAUAUCUAUGGACGAGACAGCAAUGGCAAUGCUUCUGGCGAUGUUUACCUCGUAGGUGAGAGCCGUGCCCAGACGCAAGAACUUGCACGGGGGAUUGUGGCCGCUGCGAGAACCUGGACUAUCCAUGCGAGCUAUCCAGGGCAGAAGGCUACGAGUGGCAGUUUCGGAUUUGGUGUCGGCGGUGUCAACGAGAUCGACACCGGGCCUUGUUCCGAGUUCUGUGUAUAUCACUUGAUGGAUCUGGAGCCGGAAGAAGAUGUUUCGCUGUUUCCAUUCAAGCUGGUUGAGAUGAAGUAUGGCGACAACAUUCCCAAAUGGCGCGGCUAUACCGAAAACAGUACAUCGAAGAAUGGCUCAACAACGCGCAGUAACGGCAAAAUGCCUUCGGUACCGACACCUGAGUCUCGAUGGCAAGACGCGAAGACGCUGGGUGAAGCGGCUAAAGUCUUGCGCUCGAAGAAUGCAGGACCUUAUGAGAUCACAUUUGACAUCAUGUUCGACCGACGCGACGUGUAUGAUGUGAUCAAGUCGUCCGGUAUUCUUUCGGCGUCUGUCAUCGCAGACCUAUAUGGCCUGGAAGUGGACGAGAUCAUCUGGAGCGGCUUCUUCGAUCCCGCACUGGCGUUCAAAGCGACGGUCCCUAGACGCAGAAGAGGACUUCCGGCUGCAAGUGGUGGCUAUUUUGAGGAUGAUGUUCAUGGGUCGCAGAUGUAUCUACCGCUUAUGCUUCUUCCAUUAUCGGAAGACUUACGGGCAACUUUGGCAAAGCUGUAA